ACGUAAACAAACACAAGAGGCAAGCAGGUGCACAUUUACAUUUAGUUGUUAGCUAUUUGUGCUUUUCGAAAAGGAGAUAUAACUCGGUUUAUCCAUUUAGAAUAUCUGCAGGGUUCCGAGAUUUUUUUAUCGAACUGUUAUUCGACAGGAUUUCGUAACCCACACCAUGGACGUUUUCAACGCGUUGUGGGACGACCCAGAACAAAGGAAGCGCCCACCUGAUGACAAUUUUCAAUUAUUUACUAUGGAAGAAUGGUUUGCAAUGUCUUCAACGCACAAGAUUCUGACUGGUUCAUUACAGUGCCCUCUUCCCCACGAAAUCGAACCUAGUAAGGGAGCUCCCAAAAGUGCCCUAAACCGAAAUAUAAGGGAUUUACUAAUGCAGAAGUCAAAACGUGAUGCAGCGAGCAUGAAAGCAGCUCAGCUAAAGGAUUCUAAUGAUGGAAAACUCUAUGUACCAGGAUUUUCAAGGUUCCCUCACUUUGCUCGUAUCUCAGAUCUCACUUCUCAAGAACAUGCAGAAUGUUUAAGACUCUGGAUGAAAUUUGAUGGGAAACCAACAGAAGAACUAACAGUAACUGAAAAAGCAGAACAUCAACUAUUUCAAUCUUUGUACUCAAGAGUGAAAGCAGAACAAAAGGAAUUCCUGGAAUGUGCCAAAAUAAAUUGGCCUGAGGUCAAGCAUCGAACUGUUAACAUUAAAGGCGAUCCUCAUAAUUAUUUCUUGCAGUUCUGGGCUAACAAAGUCUCUAAUGCUAUGUCUCAAUAUCCUCAUAAGUAUGUAAAAUUGAAAACAUUUUCUAUUCAUGAAAAUGCUGAGAUGGGUCAAAAGCUGCAUUUUGUCAAAAACCUCCUAAACAUUGGUAAAAUUGCAAUGGCUCGUCUACCUGAUUUUCAUGAAGCUUUCAGAGUUGCUUCAAGUAUUUUAAAGUUAAGAACUUGGGCUUUUUUAAAUGUCCCCCCAUCUAAUUUAAAUGGAACUUUACAUAAGGUCCCAGUGAGCAGAGAUCCGAAUGCGGAACGGUUGGCGCGUCUUCAUGGUGCCAAUGUUGUGAUAUCUACUAGUGGCAUGCGGUGUCUCCUUGACAAUUAUGAUGAGAAGAAAUGUCCUGUCAGUGAAGUUGGCAGGUCCUGGGUUCUUCCGAUUAUUGUGAAAGAGCAUCGUUCAUUUUGUGAUGGUAAACCAGUCACAAAGACCAUAAUAUUUAUUGACAAGCAACUGCCAAAACCCAAAAUGACGGGCGUUGAGAAAGUUUCCUGGUACCAGAAACAUGCACUGUUUGCUGCUGUUGUUACCCGAAACCGUAAUGCAGGGAUUGAGUUUGACAUAAAAGGAGAGGAUAUUUUAAUUAGGAGAAACCUAGACUCUACAGACACAAUGUCAGAAAGUUCAUCUGGAACAAAUGCUGAAGAAUCUGCACUCAAACACAGCAAUAAGUCUAGUUCAAUUGAACAACCACCCUCCAACAAUGAUUCAUCAAAUUUGUGUAACCCGCCUCCAUCAACGUUGCAUCCAAAUCGUAAUAAGAAUAAUGUACCUGAUGAUGAGGACGACGAUGAUAAUGAUGAUGAUGAUGAUGAUGAUGAUGAUGAUGCCUUAAUGAUUGACUUACCAGAUAAUGAGGUAUCAAGUUCAAAACAAGUUACUCCUAGUAGGAAAGCUGUUAAAUCUGAUGAUUCAGAAAUAAAAGCCCAGCCCUUGAAGAGCAAGGAAACUAUUUGCACUGAAGAUUCGGUUACCAAGAGUCCACCAGCUGAACUAGCAUGCUGUGGUGGCUCUAAUAAACAAACACAACCAGGAAAAUGGGAAAAAAUAUGUCCACCUGAGCCUGUACAAAUUGUGAAUGGCAAUGCACUACCUGUCUCUAACACAAAUUUGACUUAUAACUUAUGGUGUCUGAAGUCUGAAGAAGAAGAAAAUGAUCAAAACCAGUCAGGUGAAAUCAACCUUUUAAUACGAAGCCGUGUUGAUGGCUGUGAGCCUUUGGAUCAUGGAAAAUAUCAGCCUAUUUGUUUAGCAUCCAAACCAGAAUAUCAGCUUGAAUAUGGUCCUAGCAUCAUACCUUUGAGUGAUCUAACAAGACAAUGGACCAAACUACUUAUCCAACCUAACACUGAGCUUGCAAGAGUCAGGGUCAAUGUGCAAAGGGCAGAACUGGUCACACUCGAGAAGCGAUCAAUAUUAGAAAUUGAGGAGGAAGCUCAGACUCUUUACAAAACAGCUUUGUCAGAUAAUUUAAAAUGCUUUCAACAAAUUUUGAGAGAGUUGAUCCAGCUUCCAACUGGCCAAUAUCUGUUGUCUCAUUCUCCACAAAUGGGUUCCAGUGUAGAAUUAUUCAAAGCAUCAAACGAGGCAAAUGUAAUAGACUGGUAUCUUCCUAAAGAUUAUGGGAGUCGCCCGGAGAUAAUAGAUUACGAUAUGCCAUGGCCAGAGAUUGAUACUAACGUUAUUUUGCCAAGACACUUACAAAUACAGUCAAUGCCAUGUACCUUCCAUAGCCCAAAAGGUCCAACACUUAAGUCAAAACCGAGUAAGCCUCAAAAUCAACAGCCUCAAAAUCAACAGCCUCAACAGGGCUCUUCUAGUAGGUAUAAGAAAAAAAAUAGAAAGAAAAACAAGAAAGCAAAGCCUACAAACAAAGCUGAAGAACCGGAGGAAGAGGCUAGCACUAUGCCGUAGGAGGAAAAGUGAACUGAGAUAAGGAAAUGCCAAAGAAAGAUAAAAACAGUGUAUUAAAAUGCUGGACUCGGUAAAAUACAUAUAAAUAUUGAAAGGAGAGUGAUGGGCAGUAUCUUUCUAACUCAAGUUUCACUGGGGACUGAAAAGAAAUCUCAACAUUUCAAUAUGUAUG